AUGACCUUGUUAGUGGGCGGUUUUGAGUCCCACGUUUUAUUCGACUCUGGAGCAUCGAAUUGCUUCAUUACACCGGAGCGUGCCGAGAAGAGUGGCAUCCGGAGUAGCGCGGGCGAGAGCGCGGGCAUGGUCAAGGUGGCGGGAGGUGGAUUCUUGUCUACUUUGGGCCGUGCUAGAGGAGUCGAGAUCGAGAUUGCGGGGCAGUCAAUGCCAGCAGACUUAGUCAUCAGUCCGGUGGAGCUGUAUGACGUUAUUCUCGGGAUGGACUGGUUGUCACACUACAGAGUUCAUCUGGAUUGCUACAGAGGUAGAGUGGUCUUCGAGCGAGAUGCAGGGAGGUUGGUUUAUCAGGGAGUGAGACCGACUUCCGGGAGUAUUGUGAUAUCUGCUAUUCAGGCCGAGCAGUUGUUAGAGCGGGGCUGUGAGGCGUAUCUGGCGACGAUUUCUAUGUCUGAGUCAGGAGCUGGAGUUGUUAUGGGAGAUAUUGAGGUUGUCCAGGAUUUUGAGGAUGUCUUUCAGUCACUGAAGGGAUUACCACCAUCUCGGUCUGAUCCUUUCACGAUUGAGUUAGAGCCGGGGACAGCACCGAUAUCGAAGACGCCUUACAGGAUGGCGCCAGCUGAGUUGGCAGAGCUGAAGAAGCAGAUAGAGGACCUUUUGUCUAAGGGGUUCAUUCGACCAAGUGUUUCACCGUGGGGAGCACCGGUGUUGUUUGUGAAGAAGAAGGAUGGCAGUUUCAGACUUUGUAUCGAUUACAGAGGUCUUAACCGAGUCACUGUGAAGAACAGGUACCCACUCCCGAGGAUUGAUGAGUUGUUGGAUCAGUUGAGGGGUGCUACUUGGUUCUCCAAGAUUGACUUGGCAUCGGGGUAUCAUCAGAUCCCGAUAGAUGAGGCAGAUGUCAGGAAGACUGCUUUCAGGACGCGUUAUGGGCAUUUUGAGUUUGUGGUUAUGCCUUUCGGUUUGACUAACGCGCCGGCAGCCUUCAUGAGAUUGAUGAACGACGUGUUCAGGGAGUAUUUGGACGUGUUUGUCAUCAUUUUCAUUGAUGAUAUUCUGGUAUACUCGAGGAGUCAGGAGGAGCAUGCGACUCACUUGAGGUUGGUUCUGGAGAAGCUUCGGGAGCAGAAGCUUUUUGCUAAGUUGAGCAAGUGCAGUUUCUGGCAGCGAGAGAUGGGAUUUCUUGGCCACAUUGUUUCUGCAGAGGGAGUUUCUGUGGAUCCGGCUAAGAUUGAGGCUAUCAGAGAUUGGCCUAGACCUAGUAGUGCCACCGAGAUCAGGAGUUUUCUGGGUUUGGCAGGAUACUACAGGAGGUUCGUCAAGGGGUUUGCUACCAUGGCGCAGCCGAUGACGAAGUUGACCGGGAAGGAUGUCCCGUUUGUUUGGUCAGCUGAGUGUGAGGAGAGCUUUAGUCAGCUCAAGGAGAUGUUGACUACUACACCAGUGUUGGCGUUACCCGAGCCAGGGAAGCCUUACAUGGUGUAUACAGAUGCUUCAGGCAUUGGUCUUGGUUGUGUGCUGAUGCAGGAGGGCAGAGUGAUAGCAUAUGCUUCGAGACAGUGGCAGGGCAGUGAGCGUAACCGUCCUACACAUGACUUAGAGUUGGGAGCAGUGAUCUUCGCGUUGAAGAUUUGGAGGUCUUACUUGCUAGGUGAGACAGUACAGGUCUUCACGGAUCACAAGAGUUUGCAGCAUAUCUUCACUCAGCCGAUGAUGAACGCGAGACAGACGCGCUGGGUUGAGUUCUUGGCGGAUUAUCAGGUGAGCAUUAACUACCAUCCGGGCAAGGCUAACCUAGUGGCGGACGCGUUGAGUAGACGGAGGUAUGAUUCCGCAGUUGAGCGAGAUGUGGAGUCUCUAGUUGGCGAGAUCAGUACCUUGCGUUUGUGUGCCAUUUCGCAGGAGCCUUUGGGUUUAGAGGCAGUGGAUCAGGCGGAUCUACUUAGCAGGAUCAGAGUUGCUCAGCAGAGUGAUCAGAGUUUGCUGGAUGCGACUAGAGUGACUGGUUCUGAGUAUGAGGUCUCUGCGAAUGGGACUAUCUUGGUUCGUGGGCGAGUUUGUGUGCCUAAGGAUGUGGAGUUGAGACAUCAGAUUUUGGGAGAGGCUCACGAGCAAGUUUUCCAUUCAUCCAGGGCGACCAAGAUGUACCAUGACCUCAAGAGGUACUAUCAUUGGGUCGGGAUGAAGAGGGAUGUAGCAGACUGGGUUGCGAAGUGCAACACUUGUGCCUUGGUGAAGGCAGAGCAUCAGGUUCCGGGUGGUCUUUUGCAGAGUUUACCCAUUCCAGAGUGGAAGUGGGACAGGAUUACGAUGGAUUUCGUGGUUGGACUACCUGUUUCGAGGACUUUCGAUGCUAUCUGGGUGAUUGUGGACAGGCAGAGAUGGGCACUAAGGUGCAUUUGA